UUUGGAGUUUGAAAUUGAAAACCAAUUUGGUUUCCAAGGAUUGGCGAAUGGAUUCCGCGUCUCCACCACCACAACAGAGUUGCUGCUUUUGCUUUUCUCCAAAGAAGUUGGCUAAAAAGAGAGCAAAGAAUAAUGGAGUUGUUGAACUCGAUAUGGAUGGGAGAGAUUGGGGAAAGAACGACGAGAUUCUAUCAGAUAUGAGUACAUUUUCACUGAAAGAACAACAAAAGAAGCUUAAGAAGGCACUGAAAGAAGAGGACAAAAUUACUCAGGAGGCUGAGAAAGUGGUGGAGUGGGUGAAGCAAGCAUCAGCAAGGAUCGAUAUUUCUGCAAUUGAAGAUGUUCUAAGUGAUAAUGAAAACUCGAAGUAGCAUUUGCAGUUAGACCUCUUAUGUAGAGCUAGUCUAA